CACGUGAUGGGCGGCUGAGUUAAUCCAGUCAAUGAGCAGUACGUCGGUUUUUUUCCCUGUCUGUUUGGGAAGAUUGUUUGUUUUCUUAGCCUCUCCUGUUUGCACCUGACUUGUGGGGAGGAGUAGGAGGAGAAAGAGGGAAGUUGGCGAUUUGUGAAGACGCACAGAGAGGGCGAGCCAUUUCUAUCGAGGAUCUGGGAUUUUUAAUUCACUGAAUCAUUUGGCCUCUCCUCGCUGUGAAACUGGACCUGGGAACGUUAAUUUCAUCCUCACCUUCCAAACCCAUGAUCGCUUCUGCCUAGAAGGUCAAGAGCAGCAGAUGCAUGGGAACACCACUGCCUGCAGUUCCCCAUAAGGCUCACCCUAUUCUGACUUGGAAAUAUAUCACUUCCUCCAGUGUCACUGUCAAAAUUUUGGCGCACUCUCCCCGACAGCAAUGUGGGUGUACCUACGCCACAUGGACUAUUUAAAGUACUCCUCCAGAAUGGUCACCAAUUGGUUGUUAUAUCUGGUCCUUCUAAUCUGCGCACUCUCCGAGAUUUGUUCAAUCGAUGCACGAUCCGUGCCACAGCCAGGAGACCUUCAGAGUGAAGUGUUCCUCGAGGAACGUCAAGCAUCAGUGUUCUUGCGUCGGAAGCUGAUGUACAACAGCUGGGAUUUUGAACUCAUCACUCCUGGAAAUCUGCAGCGGGAAUGCUAUGAAGAAGUAUGCAAUUAUGAGGAAGCUCACGAAAUCUUUGAGGAUGACCAGAAGACACGUGAGUUUUGGAGGCAGUAUGUGAAAAAUCAGAAACCAGGUGGCCCCACUGCUCACAAGUUUGAUGUUGCUGGGCUGGUAGCGGGACUGAUCGGUGGAUUUGUUCUCCUCAUCCUCAUUGGGCUGCUUGUCGUCUACUUCUGCAAACAGAGGGGCAAGAGAGCAGACAGACCACCUGAGUACCGAGGGCGAGUCCCAAACCCAACCAACCAUCCACCUUUGGAGCCAGGUGAAGAGCUGCCCUUGACCAAUGUGGAGGCCACAGCCCCUGGACUUCCCUCAUAUGAAGAGGCAUUGACAAGAUCAGGACAUUACGAUGCUCCUCCCCCACCAUAUGGAGGUGGAGCUACAAGUGAGCAACGGCCAAGCUGAAACUCAGUACAAUGCUGUCGCCUUCAAUUUUUGAAUCCAUGGAUCGAGUCUUGUGACGUGGAGAAGGGAGGGGAAGAGCUGCUGGACAGUAUUUUGAGGAUCAUCGUGAUAAGUGAAGACAAUAACUUAACAAAAUCUACUCUCUUGGGUGCCUGGCACCAUGUUCCUCCAGCAAAUUUUCAUAAACCAACAAGUCAAUUGGUUUCUCCAGGCGCCAUUUAAGCUCUUUUUCUCUUUUUACAAACUUUGUAAGUAAUUUGUUGCUCCAAAGCUGAACGAUUGGACUUUGCUGAGUACUGUCGAAAUGUUUCUCUGGGUUACCCACGGCUGGGUCUGAGAUGCAGUUCAGAUGAAAACCCAACUGGACGUGUGACCUUCUUCAAACUCAUUUGGAAUCUCCUUGGAGUCUACUUUUUCUGUUUCUGUGGCAGGACAGCAGCUGUAAUUGCACUCGGUUUGUACCUCCCUUUUGGGCCACCCCCACAAGGCCACUAUUGGAGGAGGGGUGUAGGUGUGUAAUGGAAUCGGGUGCUAUUUUCAAUCCCGAUUGCUAAAUUGGCAAUUGCAUUCAGGUUGUGUGCACUGGGGAAUUGGGGUGUUUGAAGGCAAAGCUGACUUUGGGUGUCAUUGUGUUUUGCCUUGAGGGACCACAAGAUCUGUAUCCUCUGUCCCUACCCUCUGGAGGGUGCCUCACCGUCAGGAGCGCAGCCUGUUAACGAUGUUUGAGUUUUAUUUUCCCUUUUAUUUUGUAACCAAGAACUGGACCUUUUUUAUUUGGACAGACCAAUUCCUCUCGAUUUUACUUGACUCCAGACUUCAUUUCUGUUACCCCCUGCCCACCAAGUCAAUGCUGAUGAAAUCUUACUACCUGUUAAUGACCUUGACCUGUUUUCCCUUCCCCCACCCCAUCUCAUUCUAUAUGGCUCUUGCUGAAAAGAGAACCAAAAUAAAACAUGAAUAUUUACUGUCGGAAGCAAUUCUGCAGUUGGGCAGCAAUUACUAAGCAAUCCUGAGUACGCUAAUGGCCUUCAAUUUAAGAUAAUCCAUCAAUCUUGGAACAUUACUCAUUCACAUUAGAUAGAUGGAACAUGUCUUCAUUUGCAUAUUCUCUGUAAGGAAAUGAAUAUGUCCCAAGACUUCCACCACUUUUGAAUUUCUUUGGAGCAUGGGUAGUUCAUAAAUUCCCUCUUGCUUUCUCCAUGUCUGCAACUAGAAUUGACUUGCCAACCAGCUGACACCCUUUUUCUCCUGUAAAUUGUUGAGAUCAUUCCAAACUUGGCAUUCUUGCAUUUGUCCUGAUAAGUGCAAAACAACAAGCUUCAUCAACAAGCCUGCCUCUUCAGAGUUUAAAUUCUGUUCUACAGUGAGUGACCACUGAUAAAGUGAGCAGGGUGCUUUUCUGUAUGUCCCAAACAGUGGCGCAUUAACUUUGCGCGGAGUCAGAGUUGCUGAGGCCAACUUGUGCUUUCUGACGGCACAUUGUAGCCCAGAGCUACAGAUAGUGAUAGUGGGUGCCCCAACAUUAUUUCCACCAAGCAGCUGGCCAGGAAACUGUCCUGCUAUUACCACUUGCCCUUGGCAGGUGUUGACAGGAUUUACAGGUCCAUACUUAAUCUGUUUGACAUUUUGAACAUCCUUUCCUUGAUUUGUUGGUCCUAGAGUUUGAGUUAAGAGGCAGGGAUUCAGUUUGCUGUUUCAGACUGUAAAAGCUCAAUUUGCAUUAUUAGGAAGAGAGGUUGGGAAGUCUCUCUGCUGACCUGGCCAAUAUUUGUCCCUCCAGUAAGGUCAACACUGACACAAAUAACAUCAUCUUACAACAUCAUCUGGUCAUUUAUCAUACCGCUGUUUGGGGAAGCUUGCUGCGUACAAGUUGGCUGUUUGCUUUGUUUACGUCACAGUGAUUAUACUUCAAAAAUAUUUAGUAGGAUGUAAAUAAGAUCCAAGGUCUAUUUUCUCUCCUGUCUGUCCAUCUUUGCUGAUGGCCGUCAACACAGGCCUGUGAACACUCCUCCCAACCAAAGAAAAUUCCAAAUCACAUGCAUCUUUAACCUGAGCUCAGGAUCCACUGGCUUGUCUUUCCUGGCCUCUCCCCUUCCACACUAAUCAAAAUCAGGAGAUCUGUAGCGGUUAAACUGGGAACAUUAUUGGUCCGAUUGAAGCAGGUCACUGGACCAUCCCAAAACUGAGAUGGUCGUUGCCAGCAAUAUGACUGUUGAGUACUUGUGCUGAGCACAGAUGAUUUGCCUACUAUCACCUUCCUGCUAUAGGCUUGAGCCAGCACAGUGUCGUGCCAUACUCUCCUUUGCUUUGACCAAGGCAUGAAUGCCAUCCUUCUGGAGUUAUGAUAUGGGUAUGGGAAGGGGAGGAAACAGGAAUGGCAUAGGCAUGGAUGGUGGGUACUGAACUUUGAGUUAGUGGGGCAGAAAGACAAAAUAGGAGUUUUCUGCCUGUAGCUGAGCCCCUCCUUCCAAGGAACAUGUUAGACGUUUGUGAAAGGCUUUUGGGGUGCGAAUUGGUUUUUGGAGGGAUGGGCAGUCACAUGCCUUUGUUGUCAAGCAGUGAGGAUGGGAGGAGAGAGAAUAGACCUCAAUCUAUUCGCAUUUGAAACAGUCUUAAACCUUUGUAUUGACACUGCCAACAGUAACCAGACUUACAAAUUCUCCUCGGGUACGAUGUAGCAAUAGCCAUCAAGAGAACAAAAAUGAGUGGGCCAACUAUUUAAAGUUAAGUUGGUAUCGAUGACUUGGCUGGUGAGGGCCAAAAAAUGAACCUGUGAGAUGCUGUGUGUACCUCAGGCCUCCGUUUUAGCCCUGUGGGCCUCCAAGCAAAGCCUGAACCAAGGACCACUUGGAUGAGGGCUGACCAGAUCUGUGGAAAUGUAGCCAAGCAGGAGUUAAACAAUUCAGGAUUGCUAAAACACCCCUCAGCAGCCUUAAGCCAGACAAUGGUCGAGAAGACAAAAAUGUCAUCCAGAGUUGUGAGAAGAACAAUGUGGGAUAGGCUGGUGUUAGCAACUCUAGUUGGGCCUACAGUGCAGCUUUGGCUAUAGAGUAAAAUAUUAUUCCUCGCCCAGCCAUCAUCAAAAAUCUUAACGAUAAGUGUUUUGAAUACGAAAAACUACUUACUUCCCCAGAAGGGAGAAAAGGGGUAAAGAGGGUAGUUGGUGGGGGUGGGGGGACUAACUUUUUUGCACUGUGGGCAACCUCUGACCCAAAUCUACAUGUGCUGAUCAAAGAGAAAACCCACCACUUUUUUUUAAUGGAAUCUGUCCCUACAAACAAAAUUCAAAUUGAUUCAAGAAUAUUAUUCUCCUGAAGAGAAUAAUCUGCAUGUUUACUGAAAACAGGUGAUUAACACUCUUCUAGAUUAACCCUGCCUCCAAUUUGGAAUUAAUCCCAGAAUUGGGAACUAUUGUGUAGAAAAAAAACCAGUCAUUCCUGUUAACAACUUAAUAAAAUACAGUGGGUGUGGGGAAGAAAGGUUCAGAAAUCAUACCAUAAACUGUGGCGGGACUGGGCCUAGGUAUUCAUGUUUGGGUUUCCAUGGUAACCAGGCCUUGACUUAAUAACAGCACCUAGCCCAUGCCAAUCGAUUUUAACAAAGGAAGGUACAGGGAGCUUUAUGAGGACUUGGGCUAAGUGACAAAAUUGCACCAGCAUGGGCAAUUUUCCAGAAAUAUUCCCAAAAUAAAAUGGGGGGAGGAGAGAUUGAGGAUAAUUACAGCUUGUUUAAAUUAUUGUUAGAGUGAAAAAGAGUUUUUUCAAGCUGUAGUUCUCCAUUCCUGCCUACAGAGGGUGGGUUUAAUUUUGAUGUGGGAUUUGAGUGGGGGGGAAGGUCUCAGUACAGUUUAUCAAAACUUCAGUAAAUCCUGCAAGUUAUUUGUAAGACUGAGAACACAAGUGCAGUGUGCAGUUUUAACAGGGCAGUACAUGUUUCUGUCUUGUCUUGUUUCUUUGGGUAGUGGGGAAAGGAAAGGAGAAACUUUGUUAUAAUGGACUGACUUCCUUUUUUCUAAAUGAAAAAUCAUUUCUAAAGCGGAUCACACUCGGGUCACAUUUCUGUCUGAAAAUCUGCCCUCUAGCUGACAGUGUGGUGACCUAUGUUGUACUUGAUUCCUAUUUCAGCCUCAUUUCAGGGCACUGGAAGCCUACCAUCUUAUGUGGAGCACCGGGUAAAACUUCUGGCUCAUUUUUAAACAAAAUAUUAAUAAAAUCAAUGCCUUUCUGAGCCCAGCCUCCUGGAUGUGAGGUGUGGUAGUGUUAUAACUUACUCAUUGUCCAAGCCACACUCUGUGCACGUUACAGUCUGGAGCUAUGGUUUGUGAUGGGAGAGGUUCCAUUGCGCUCUCUAUCGCAUUUCUGACAGGAAUCUCUUUCAGUCUCCUUGCUUGUGCAUGAUAGAGAGAUUUGCAGGUUGCCACUUAACCUGAAUGGCUAGGUUGUGAAUACACCUUUGGCCAUUGUGUUCUCAAGUGGGACUUGAAUCCAGAGCAUCUGGCUCACACACAGUCCACAGGACCAUAAGUGCAAGAGUGUACCUACUGUACCUAUUAGUGACUUGUUCACCAAAUACAAAAUGGAUGAGCAGGAAAAAGAGCACAGUGACUGGAUGCUCAAUCCCUCUUCCAUUUCCCCACUACAAUCAUGUGAUCCCCUUGGAGGACACUGGCAAUAACGUGGGAAAAGAUCUGGAAAUCUCAAUCUGUCUGGGACUUUGCAGUCUUUUCCAUACAGACCUUGCCUUCAGAAGUCAUGACAUUAAUUCUGUUUCACUCUCUACAAAUGCUGCCAGACCUGCUGGGUUUCACCAGUAUUUUCUGUGCUGAUUUUUAGAUCUCCAGCAUCCAAAGUGUUGGCUUUUAUCUUAGCUGGCUGGCUUAGAUAUCUAGGGGUAAACCUGUGCCUUUGACAGAAAGUCUGGGAACUGAGUGUGGUCCAGUGGCUAAAUGCAGGGUUCUGAGGUCUGUAGAUAGCUGUUGUGCUCCAUAUGCCAUUUGUGCCAAAUUUAGCUGGUCUCUAGCCAUGUUGGGAUGCCAUGCUUAAGGGGAAAAUCAUUUCGACUUGUCCUGGUGGAAUCUUGAGGAGGCUAGAAGAAGGUAUAAUCCGUUACCUUUUUGAAUUCUGAUCACAAUCCAUCAGUGUCAAGGUGUGGUUGUUCGGCAACUCUGGUUUUUGGCCCAGACCAGAGAUUGACUGCUCGGCAUCUGCCCAAAUUCCCUGAAACUGUAUUUCAGUAAGAGUCAAUGUAGGUAUAAGGGACAAUUUUUAAUCGGACCUGUCCUUUUGGAUUAGAUGCAGGAAUUGUGUGGUUUGUGUCCAACGAAGGCAAGUUUAACAGAACCAGUACUCUAGCUGACACUGUAGGCUCAUCCCUUCUGUGAAAUAUGUUAAACUUAUCCAUUACAUCUUUUGGCACAGUGUUAGUGUGACUUCUGAGCCAGGAGAACUGGGUUCAAGCCCCUGUGCUCCAGAGGUGUGUAAUAACAGGCCUGAGGUUUAUUAGAAAAUAUCUAUGGAAAGGAAUGGAUGGCUCUGCAGAAAUAGGGAAACAAAGUUAUGAGUAAUGUUCUCUUGCAAACUAGGUCUCAGAGCAAAAACAGAACCACUUUAUCUUGUGCUAGUUGUUAUCAUUAGCAUUUAACAUAUUUUAUAUAGUUUUGUAAGAGCUCAGAAAUAAAAAGGCUUUAAAUUCA